AUGCAUUGGCCGGUCAAUCUGGCCUCUCCGUCUACGUCAGAGUCAAACAUUUCUUAUAGCGAACUGUCGAAGAAAAAACUUUCAUUGAAUGCCAAAGAUAAUCCAAAUAACCAAAACGCGUCGUAUUUCUCGAGCGCGCACAACAUUUUUUCAAAGAUUUACAACACAAGCAGAGACCAGUCGAAAAAAAUUUCUUCCUCGCCACUUCCAUCGUCAAACAACAGUUCAGAGAAGAUAUCCAGCGCUAGCACUAGUCCCAACUUGACAACGAAAACUGUUAAAAAUUCCAGUUUUUCUUCUGCUGAUUCGUUUCUUCUCUGGUGGAAAUCCUCACACAGCAGUCCAAACGCGUCAAGAAGUCCCUCUCCCAAUCCUAGCAGUUCGUCAUCAGGAAUCCCGGCUGUGACGCCCCCUCCACGCCAGAGUACCAUCAGGUCUCGAUCACUGAGUCCCAUCCUACCGAGCCACCAGAGAAACAAGCAACAUCACAGAUUGUCAGAAGGCAAGAGCGCAAGAAGUAGCAGCAGCGUUGUUAACUUCAACAACUUCUUGCGGCAGUACUUCACGUCCAUGAAACAACCGUCAAAAUGCGACGUCAGCCAUCUAAAGCACAAAACGAUCAAGCGAUCGAAGUCGGCGUCUCAAGACAGCAUCUGCAACAUUCCAAUCGAGAUUCACCAUCACCUGCCAGCAGCCACGCACAGUAAAGGAUUAUCAUUCCUUGAUAAGCAGUACUCAAAGAAGAAAAAAAAUUCCAAAUUUGCCAACAUAAACGAGCUGGAAGAUGAAAUAACGUCGACAACGACAACUACGAAGACGAUUCCUCUGCUGCUGAACGGUCUGCAGGACGGUCACUUCUCAGUGAAAGGAAUCUUGGACAUAGUCCCCAGGCGCUACUUCAAAAUUUCAAUCGAACUUAGAGGUUUCACCGUUGAAGUCAAAUUCGAGACCGAACCCGAGGAGAAAAUAAACAGAUUUUUUAAAUCAUCGUUCAAAACAAAAGCAUUGACGCCGUCGGUGAGGAGGAAUUCCAUCAUGGACGAUUAUGACGCAACGACCGACCGGAUGGCCGGCCAGCAACAAACCAUCAUCAAGACGACCAAUUAUAAAUUGAACCUUCCCAUAUAUGCCGACCUAUCGACCUUAAUAUUUGACUGGAACAGCGAGAUGAAGACUUUGAACAUUUCCGGCAAAGUGAAAGGAUGCUCUCACUUCCUGGAUACUCCCAGUAGCUCCGAGAACGCCACCAACCGAGCCAAACUGACCGCUAACUCAUCGCACAACAAAACUAAAUUGAAGCGCGCGUCGAAAUGUCAGGCUACUGUAGUUAAGGGCAAGCAGGAUUCCUCAACGCCAAAUUCUAAAACGUCGGAACGUGCAACUUCAAAGACGCAGAAGGAAUUUCUUUCGGCGUUCAACUGCUGCAACAACAACAACAACAGCAACAACGAAAACAACCAAAAUAAUAAUAACAACAACACCAGUAUGAACAUGAUGAACAAGAAAAAUAAUAAGACAUCAGACUAA